CUAAAAUCAAUUCGAGAUCGGAGAAAGUAUAUAUCGUUCGAUUCUUUUUUACUAAUUCGACUUCGUUCACCACGUUUCGUCGAACACGUCGGUGUUCAGCCUCGUGGCAUUCAUCCCUAUACACCGCCUCCAAUUCUGAGUCCAAUGCGAAACGGUUCUGGACUUUUCUGGCAAAUCGCGAAAAAUCUUGGACAUCCAGCUCAAGUGAGUUUUAAAAAACUAUCAUCGCUGCACUUUCAUUCAAAAAAAUCGUUUUCUUCAGUUAGAUUCAUGCAUAAUAAGGCAUUGCGUAAGAUCUCAUGGGCAUCAACAUCAUCGUCAACAAACUCUAUACAGAGUGAACUCUGUAAGAAUUUUCGAAUUGUUGAAGAUCUGCUGAAGACAUUCUCCGUAAACAUUCAAUGGAUCCGGAUGAAAGGUCUUCAGAUUCACAACUCGGAACUCGAAGCUAUUGAAGAUCGAGAUGAGAUCAUCUUCUCACCAGACGUCUUGUCUGAUAUCGAAAAUGAUCAGAUUGAAGCGUUUGAACUACUCGCAUGUAGUCAAGCUAUUCCGAGACCGGGACGGAAUAAGGAACUAGCGCUUCAUCUCUUGAUGGAGAAUAAGGGUAACAUCGAAGCAGCUGUAGCAGACUUACUCCGUUCUGAUACUCUUGACUGGGAACAAUAUCAGAUUAUCUAUGGUUCACACUAUCUCGACUCGGUUAAUUGGACUCCAGAAGAAGUGAACGCCUUUCAGGAUGCCAUUUAUAAAACGGAGAAGGAUUUUCAUCAAGUUGCACAGGAGUUACCAAGCAAGACUGUACGUGAAUGUGUAGAAUUCUACUAUACGUGGAAGAAAGCAUGCCCUGAUGAUUAUCGAAAAUUGCGAAAUUUGAGAAGAAAACGACAGUUACUCGAGUUGAAUCUGCAACAGGUAAAAGGACAUCCCUUUCUUUAUAUUUCGCCACCAGCUGUCGCUGUAUCACCUCUACGAGAAGUGCCUCCUUUAUUGUCAUCGUCAUCGUCAAUUUCGCACGCCUUACUCGGUCUUCGACAAUCUCCACCACUGAAAGAUUUGUCCGGGCUACAACGAAAUUACCAACCAUCGGCGCCUCGUACUCAGUUCUCGUCCACAUCGGGCACUAAAAAAGGCGCACAACCGAGUGCUGACGGUUUCUUCCAUUGUCGUCUGUGUGAUAAGUGCUUUGAAAAGGUUAAGUCACUCAAUGCCCACAUGAAGUCCCAUGCGAUGAAAGCUAGAGCUGAAGCAGAGGCUAAGGCACAGGUUGACGCCCAACUAGCUGCAACACAGUCAAAUUCGGUAAUUACAAAGUAUCCAUUUUUGUCUACGAAACCAUGA